GCAGCAAACAGCUUCUGUAAGUUUUAACUAAAUUAUGAAUGGAUGGAAUAGACGAAAAUCGUCCAUCUGAAGCUACGAAUACACCACAAGAUGCUCCCGAUGCGGAAUAUCGUGGAAGUGAUGCCAAGGGCUGGGAAUGGAAAUAUUUGCGCGCAAAGUGCAAAUUAUUGGGCUUGGAGCAGUACUAUCAGCGCUAUUUAGAGCGUUUCUCAGUGGUCAUUGUGGCGCUAUUUCUAUUUGUUAUGGAGCUGCUGCUUCUCACACACAUCGUAGUCUUGCUAGUAUUAAUCGAUAGCAAGACCAACUUUAUAAGCGAUACGCUGCGCUAUAUAGCGCUCAUGUUAAUGCUGCCCUUUGUCGUGUAUAUUUGCUUUCUGGACCGUUCAGUGCUGAAGCGUUAUAUGCUAUGGAAUAUGCUAGCGAGUGCUGCAGCUAUAUUGCUUAUAUGUCUAAUGGACACUCUGAUCGUUUUCUUUGCAAGCCCCACGGAUUACUUUAAUAUAAGUUGUGCUCAUGAUCACAUUUGUAUCAUAGCCUUAUAUUUACUGCUACCCAUUGGCAAUCUACGCAGCAAUUUUGUCUACGUCUUGGCAGUUGUGGUCUAUGUAAUUUAUUUAGUUUAUAUUACGCUUAUUGUAUAUCGCACAAAGCAUUUUACUCCGACGUAUAUUUUUGCCUAUGGCAUUUAUACAUUUACACUGCAUACGCUCAUGGUGGUCAGACUUAAGAUUAUGGAAUAUCGUUUGCGCAAGAAACUGCUAAGUCGACAUCAGCUUUUGCUUCAGCAUCAUGUGCUGCAGAUGGUUAUGGGACAGGAGAAAGAUAUGAUACAGACUGUGUUGCCACAGCAGAUAGCACAUUCGUUGCAAGAGGAAAUACGUAAUCGUAUUGAGGAUCAGCGUUUGGGACCAAGGCACUUGAUACCACGCUCGCUUUUUCUGGAACUGCACCCUGAUGUUUCCAUACUCAUGGGCGAUAUGGUCAACUAUACACAGCUCACCACUACGCUGGACGUAAAAGAUCUGGUGCAAAUCCUGCAUGAACUGUUUGUCAGCUUUGAUUUAGCUGCCGAGCGGAAUAAUGUGCUGCGCGUCAAGUUUCUGGGUGAUGCCUAUGAAUGUGUCUCCGGCACUUACAACUACAGUCCCAGACAUGCCAAGAACUGUGUAGAACUGGCUCUGGACAUGAUUAACACCAUAGCCGCUAUGCGUGAAAACCGUAAGCUUAAUAUAGACAUGCGCAUAGGCGUGCACUCGGGCGAAGUCUUUGCCGGCAUCAUAGGACGCACCAAGUGGCAGUAUGACAUCUGGUCCAUCGACGUGGAUAUAGCACAGCGUCUGGAACAAUACGGCAAGCCAGGCUAUGUGCAUGUCUCAAACAAAACGCUUGUUCUGCUAAAUCGCAAAUACGUGUAUGAACUGCAUGAGAACCCGAAAAUUAAGAUGGAUGUCAUAUUGGAAAAGGCACAUAUCACCACCUAUUUGAUCGGACCACAACAGACACGCACAAUCAAUGUGCAAACUACUCGUGGGGCGCGUAUGAGCAAAGAAUCCUUGGAUAGCAGACGGUUUAGCAUGAAACAUGAGAUUCGAUCAAAGACCAGGCGUGGCAUGUACGAUGAAGUGGAACAAAUGCCAGUGGGUAGAUCACAAUUUGCUUGCAUUUUCGAUCUGUCGAGACAGUCACAGACUCGCAAUGAGGAUCAGCUCUUCAAAGCUUACAUAACCUCAUUCUGGCGACUCUUUCGCAAUAGUGAGCACGAAUGGAGCUUCUUGAAAAUGCCCGAUAUCUUUAUUAAAUACAGCCUGCUCAUGGCUUCAUUUACUGGCUUCAUGAUCUAUAUCAACAUUGUUAUUAUUCGCUACACACAAUUUAAGACAAUUUGGCACAUGUUUUUCAUGCUGAUUGGACUAUUUGUUAUUACGUUGGUCUCUUUCUACAAGAAAAUUUGGUAUAAUAGAACCAAUGUCAAGACCUGGGCUAGGCCAACGUUCAUUUUGAGUCGCUGGCUCUUUCGUGCAGCAGAACUAAUCGAGGAGCAGCUUAUUGUGCGUUGUUUUGUGGCAUUCUUUAGCAUAUUUAUAGUUUAUAUAAUGGCAACAUUUACAACGGUGGAUUGCAAUGCUGAUGCAUUUCUAAUAAAUGUUAUUAGGUCUGAUUUGGAAAAUGGUAAGAAAGUUGAGAAAUGCUUUUAUCCUUGGCAAGUGACACAUAAUGUGGUGCUAGUGCUUGCUCUAUUGUUUUUCUUUGAUGGUCUAUCGCUGGUUUUCAAGACAGGCCUUUCCGCACUUAUUGUAACCGCCCAUUUGCUGACUGUGUUCGAAUAUUACUUUGCCUGGCAGCGUACAAAGACAACGAAUCUGGGUCUGAAUGCAGUUUUUGCGCAUACUUUGUAUGUCGUUUUAUUUUGGGUGCUAACUUUGAUUGUGCUGCAGCAUUAUACUUAUAUUAAUAAAGUGGAAUAUCACUCCAUAUUACGUUAUGAAGCUAAGCUGAAGCAAGCCGAGGAUAUAACGCGUUCAAUUAAAAUUAUAAUGGCCAACAUAUUGCCCGCGCAUGUGGCGCAAUUAUUUUUGGAGUCACGUGAUCCCGAGGAGCUGUUCUAUGAGAGUUUCGACAAGGUAGCCGUUAUGUUUGCCUCCAUAGAGAACUUCGAGCCGGAUAAGACGGGCUUGCGUGUUCUGAACGAAUACAUUUGCUACUAUGAUGAUCUAUUGAAUUGCUAUGUGGACAAGUACAAGGUGGAGAAGAUCAAGGUGAUAGGCUGGACUUAUAUGGCAGCCUGUGGCUUGGAUGCAGACAACUAUACGGACUUUUCUUUGGGCCUUGCGCGACGUAAAUCCAGUCAGUCUGCUGCCAGCUCUGUGCGCUUUGGCACCACCACACGUAAAAGCGGCGAGAGCUUAGACUUAGGACGGCGCGUAACCUUGGAGCAUCCACAGCUGGAAAAGGACGAUGAGUGUGUCUUGGUCAUGACGCAGUUUGCAGCGGAUCUGCUGCGCAUUAUGCAUGACAUCGAGCUGCAGAACGUCUAUCUGGAGACUACGGCGAACAAUAUCGGGCAGCUGAAGAUUGGCAUCUCACAUGGUCCGGUUAUGGCGGGCGUAGUGGGACUCUCGCGUCCACAUUACGACAUCUGGGGUCAUGCUGUGAACAUGGCUUCGAGAAUGUGCUCCAGCGGCGUUUUGAACUGCAUACAGCUGACGGCCAAGUCCGCGCAGGUGUUGCAGCUCUUCGACGUGCGCUGCAGCUACCGUGGACUGAUUAAUGUGAAGGGCAUUGGAGAGACGCCCACUUAUUUGCUGGCACUCAACAGCUUUCUAGAGUUUCAACCGCACGAUUCGAGUGAACUGGACUUCGACAUGGAGGAGCAGGCAACUGAAUCAUCCGAGCGCGUAACAGGCGGCAGUUCGCAAUCGUGCUAACUCUUACAUUUUAUAAUAUUUUUAUUUAUGUUAUAUAUACAUAAAGAUAUAUAGAUAUACGUAUAAUACAAAUACAUAAAAUUUGAGCUCAAUCAGUUACGCAUUAGUUUUGAACAUAUAAACAAGCAAUAUAUAUAAGCAUAACUUUAACAUUUUAUAGCGUACUUUGUAUGAGAAUAAAAAAAAAGCAAAAACAAAA